AUGGCUCGGUGUGACCGCAGAGUUCAGACGCUGCUCACCGCGCUGGGUGCUUUUACUGCUUUCAGUCUCAUGACUGUCGCCAUAGGGACCGAUUACUGGCUCUAUUCUCGGGCUUAUGUGUGUAACGCAACCAACACCAGUGUGGAUGAAGCUGAGAUGCUUCUGCAGCCCAAAAGGACUAAAGGAGACCUGACCCACUCCGGCCUCUGGAGGAUCUGCUGCAUUGAAGGGAUCAACAAAGGAAGUUGUUACCGGAUCAAUCACUUUCCAGAGGAUAAUGACUAUGAUACAGACAGCUCAGAGUACAUCCUGCGAAUUGUGAGGGCAUCAAGCCUUUUUCCCAUCUUGAGUACCAUCCUGCUGCUGCUGGGUGGAGUCUGUGUGGCCGUCGGACGAGCGUACAGCGGCAGAAACAACAUCCUUCUUAGUGCUGGAAUCCUCUUUGUAGCUGCAGGUCUGAGUAACAUUGUAGGCAUCAUUGUGUACAUCUCAAGCAACGCUGGAGAUCCAACUGACAAGAAGGGUGAAGACAAGAAGAGCCAGUACAGCUACGGCUGGUCCUUUUACUCCGGUGCUCUGUCAUUCAUUGUGGCUGAAGCCAUAGGGGUCCUAGCUGUUAACAUUUACAUCGAGAGAAACAAGGAGGUUCAUGUUAAGCACCGAGACUUCCUCAAAGCCACCGCCACCUCGUCCCCCUCACCAUACACACGAAUCCCGAGCUACCAGCGCCGCAGACGGCGAUCACGCUCCAGUUCUCACUCUACAAAUCCGUCUCGAGACGCUUCGCCGGUCAGACGUAAGAUGGUCCCAUCUACCCUUUCUCUAGGUGAAAUUUCUAUGUACACACUAGGUAGGGAGCACCCUCUGAGGUCAGGGGGUGCAUCUGGACCCUACCAGGAACCCCCUAGCUUUCUACAAGUACACAAUUGCUUUCCGAAAGGCUCAAAAGAUGGUGUGAAUCGCAGGACCACACCCGUAUGAACAUUCCAUGGCAGGCUUCAGGAUUGACUCCAGUCUUCUUGAAAAAGUUUACAAUGAAAUUGAUUUGACUGUGAGUUGUUUCCCCUUCACACAUAAUGUAGCAUUUCCUAAGCCUUGUUUUGGCUGUAAUGGCAUCCCAUGUAUGAUAAAUUGCAUCUAUGGUCCAGAUAGCAAUACCUUUAUCCAAGUAGUGA